CUCCUCGCGCUGGCUGCGGCCGGUGGAAAGCUUCYGGGAUCGGGAUGAGGUCAGCCCACAGAGUCGGUCCCGACACGAACCUCAAACGGGACGGUCCACUUCCGAAUCAUGACCGGACCUUCAGSCCGCAGCUGAACCGAGCCGACAUGGACUAACAGGAGCGGGAAGAGUCCGCUUCAAGUCCGGGGCUGACCCGGAUCUGGUUUCAGGACGGACCGCUUCUGUUAAUGGAAACCAUCUGUUAAUAAUACAGAGACCUGCAGGGAGACCAGAACCAGGACCUGCAGGGACACCAGAACCAGGACCUGCAGGGAGACCAGAACCAGGACCUGCAGGGACACCAGAACCAGGACCUGCAGGGACACCAGAACCAGGACCUGCAGGGAUCUGGACUGGUUCUAAUGGUCUCUUGGUUCCUCCUAGGCGGCGGCAUGGCGUCCCGGUUUCUGGACCGUCUGAAGCGCUCGCUCUUUAAGGAUGGKGCGGCGGUGGGACAAGAACAGGAAGUGGGCGGCGGCGAACAGGAAGUGGAGGGCUUCAGUCAGGACAGGUGGGAGGCGGAGCUUGAGGAGGAGGAGGAGUGUGUGAGUGAGCGGCUGGGGGGCACGCUGAGCUUCGACACCGGAGCGGGCGGGUCGGAGGACGGCGCCGAGGGGCGGGACAGCGACUCGAUGGAGGAGGGGCCCAGCAGCACAGAUACCAGUCCAGGAGGCGUGUCCCCUGUAGGCCCCGCCCCCUCCUCUCUGCUGACUCGUCUGCGGGGCCUCAGCGGGGGCGGUCCGCUGCACGGCGGGAGGCGACAGCCGGACGGGUUGUUGUUCGAGGUGACGGACGCCAGCGCGGUCCAGGARGGUACCUCCAAAUACGUGCUCUACACCAUCCACGUCAUCCAGGCCGGCGGCAGCGAUAAGACCCCCGCUGUCAUCACCCGCCGCUACUCGGACUUCCAGCGCCUCCACGCCACGCUGCGCCGGAACCACGCCGACCACAUGGAGCGCGUCUCCUUCCCCCGUAAGAAGCUGCGCAGGAACUUCACGGCUGAGACCAUCGCCAGGCGCAGCCGGGCCUUCGAGCAGUACCUGUCCCACCUGUGCUCCCUGCCCGUCCUGGGGGCGGCGCCCAGCAUCCGCCGCUUCUUCUACCUGAGCGACCUGGAGGAGGGGCAGCUGCUCAUCAGGGCGGGGCGUUUCCAGGAGGCGCUGGGGCCGCUGCUCAACGCCAAGAGACUCCAGCUCAAACUGGGCUGGGCCUGUAACCACGGCAACCAGACCUCGCCCCCGGCCUCUCCUCAUUGGUUCUUCACCACGGUGGGGCUGCUGUACUGCUUCCAGGAGGCGGAGCAGCUGGAGGAGGCUCGGGACCACUGUGACCACGCCCUCUGCGUUCUGAUCAAUAAGCCCCUCCCACRGCAGCCGGACGGCCCCCACCCGCUCCUGCUGCCGUUGCUCCGGGCGAUGAUCCGGCUGUCGUGGCAGACAGGAAGAGACAAGACGCAGUGGGAGGAGCUUCUGCAGGGCCAGGGGGCGGAGCCUGACACUCAGCUGACCAUCAGAGAGUUUCUGGUCCAACAGAACCUGCAGGAGAGCGACGGCGAGAGCUAAACAGGAAACGCACCGCAGAUUUUCAAAGUAAAGGUCAGAUGUCUAUAAGGGGAAAAA